GGGGUUUUUUGAGGAUUCCAUUUGGGAAAAAAGCCACCAGAUCACUCACUGCCCAGAAGUGGGGGCUUGGGGACCCCCACUGCUACCCUUUCCUAAGCGGGAGCCCUGGCGCUGCCCUUCCCGGGCUGCCUGGGGCCCUCUUCGCUCCCCCCUCCGAGGACCCCGCCCAGCAGGCCAUGCCCAGGCCUCUGCCCCUGGCCCACGGGACGCGGGUCCCCAUGCCCCCGGCUGGAGACAGCAGGCAGCUCGGCCAACGGACGGGCCAGCUGGUUCCCUUCAGGGGCAGCCUUGCCCCCUCUCCCGCCCCGUCUCCCUCCCCCGCACCACACGGGGCUGUAACCCGAGCCGCCGAGCCACUGCCUCCCCUCCGGAUCCUCCCCGGCGGCUCUGCGGCCCGGGCCCCCGCGCCUUGCUGCCCCAUGCAGCCCUGAGCCGCACAGCAAGUCUGCCAUGGGCCGCGGGGCCCGUGUCCCCUCGGAGGCCCCGGGGGCAGGCGUCGAGCGCCGCUGGCUUGGAGCCGCGCUGGUCGCCCUGUGCCUCCUCCCCGCGCUGGUGCUGCUGGCCCGGCUGGGGGCCCGGGCGGUGCCGGCCUGGAGCGCAGCGCAGGGAGACGUCGCUGCGCUGGGCCUCUCGGCGGUCCCCCCCACCCGGGUCCCGGGCCCACUGGCCCCCCGCAGACGCCGCUACACGCUGACUCCAGCCAGGCUGCGCUGGGACCACUUCAACCUCACCUACAGGAUCCUCUCCUUCCCGCGGAACCUGCUGAGCCCGCGGGAGACGCGGCGGGCCCUAGCUGCCGCCUUCCGCAUGUGGAGCGACGUGUCCCCCUUCAGCUUCCGCGAGGUGGCCCCCGAGCAGCCCAGCGACCUCCGGAUAGGCUUCUACCCGAUCAACCACACGGACUGCCUGGUCUCCGCGCUGCACCACUGCUUCGACGGCCCCACGGGGGAGCUGGCCCACGCCUUCUUCCCCCCGCACGGCGGCAUCCACUUCGACGAUAGCGAGUACUGGGUCCUGGGCCCCACGCGCUACAGCUGGAAGAAAGGCGUGUGGCUCACGGACCUGGUGCACGUGGCGGCCCACGAGAUCGGCCACGCGCUGGGCCUGAUGCACUCACAACACGGCCGGGCGCUCAUGCACCUGAACGCCACGCUGCGCGGCUGGAAGGCGUUGUCCCAGGACGAGCUGUGGGGGCUGCACCGGCUCUACGGAUGCCUCGACAGGCUGUUCGUGUGCGCGUCCUGGGCGCGGAGGGGCUUCUGCGACGCUCGCCGGCGGCUCAUGAAGAGGCUCUGCCCCAGCAGCUGCGACUUCUGCUACGGUGAUGCCCACGGGGUCAGGACAGGGCUGCGUGGGAGCUGGGUCUUGGCCAUGGUCUGGGCCGAGGGGGCACUGAUGGGGCUCUUUCCCCCACCCGGAGCAGAAUUCCCCUUCCCCACGGUGGCCACCACCCCACCGCCCCCCAGGACCAAAACCAGGCUGGUGCCUGAGGGCAGGAACGUGACCUUCCGCUGCGGCCAGAAGAUCCUCCACAAGAAAGGGAAAGUCUGGUACAAGGACCAGGAGCCCCUGGAGUUCUCCUACCCCGGCUACCUGGCCCUGGGCGAGGCGCACCUGAGCAUCAUCGCCAACGCCGUCAAUGAGGGCACCUACACCUGCGUGGUGCGCCGCCAGCAGCGCGUGCUGACCACCUACUCCUGGCGAGUCCGUGUGCGGGGCUGAGCCCGGCUGAUAAAGCACUUUCUCUCUGA